GAACUGAGCGAACCUUGGGACUGCCGGAAGUUCAAUUACCUCCAUAGAAUAGCUUCCACUUCAGAGCAGCAGUCUAGUCUAGCCUGAGAAUUUGGGGGAAUCAUAACUCCCGUUCGUGCGGGAUCAAUCUUCUCAUUAGCGCAACAUCCUUCGCUGGACUUACGUUGCAACUCUCCGCUCCAGCGCCUAUCCGUCCAGUCGCCGCGCCCUUCGCCUUCGCCCCCCUGCCAUCAUGGCGGAAGCCGCACUCGCGCACGGCUCCGCCGUAGCCGCCGCGCAGGUAGCGCUGGGAGUGCGUCAAUCGCGGGCCGCCGUAAAUCACCGUCUCGAAAGUUCCCUAUCCAGCAGAGCUGCAAUCGCGAGAGUAUCAUUCGCUAGCGACGCUGGCGCUGGCGUGCGGAGUGAGAGCCUUCGCGCGGCAGUAAGGCGCAGCGGAGGCCGCAGCCGGCGCGUGGCGGUGGCGUCGCUGGCGGAAGAGGAGCGCGAGCUAGAGGCGGUGGCGGCACUGUCGGACGAGAACUGGGCGCGCAUGAGCGCCACGUGGAGCCAGCAGGUCCAACUGGACGAGAAAGAGAAGCCUCUAGCGGAGUACAUGACCCUGCCCGCCUCCCAGUACUCGGUGCUGGACGCGGAGCGCAUCGAGCGCGUGGACGGCAGCACGUUCCGCUGCUACGCGCACCGCGUGAAGUUCUUCACGGUGGAGGUGUGCCCCGUGCUGCUCGUGCGGGUCGAUGAGGAAGCAGAUGGCUGCACGAUUCGGCUGCUCUCUGCCACGCUGGACGGCUCGCCCAUAGUGAAGGAGCAGAAUAAGAAGUUCCGUGCGUCCAUGGUCAACCGGGUGCGGUGGGCGCCUGACCCCUCCUCGCCCUCCUCGCGACUCAUCAUGUCACACACCACGCUGCAGAGCUCAGUGGAGGUGCCAACAGCCUUCCGGGUGAUUCCAAGGGACGUCAUUGAGAGUGCCGGCAACAAGCUGCUGGAGCAGAUCCUCAAAGUGGCUGUUCCACGCUUCUUAGACCAGCUCAAGAAGGACUAUGCGGCGUGGGCUGCAGGGGACACCUCCAGAAAGCCCCUCGGCACAGGAGAGUUGUAACAGAAAGCAGGGUUGUAACAGAUACAAGGGUGGAACUUGAAACUGCUAUGAUUGUGACGGUAUGGGGGCUACCCUGCCUGUGCUCCUGGUGACUAACCAGCGUGUGAACAGACUCACGAUCAUGGCACACACAGCUAUGGCUGCUUUCAAAAUAGAAGCACAGUGUGUACUGUGCAGUGUGCACAUUGCAAGAGUGUUAAGUGGUCAUUAGUCUGCAGAGUAUGAGGUCCAGCUGACCGAAAUUGGGUGAAGGUGCUGGAAGGUUGUCUCACAGUAGAAAUAGUAACUAGAAUGAAGCAUACAGGUUGAUUUUGUUCAACUGGUUGUACCCUCUAAGAUCAUGCACCUAUGUAGCUUAUUAUUGUUGGAAAUACCUCGAAGA